AUGACAGAAAAAAAAUUCUGUAGUGUUGAUUUGAAGCUGCGAAAAGCUAUUCAAGCAAAAGCUAAACUGGAGCAAGACAGAUUGAGAAAACUGGAGGAGAAAAGGCAGAAAGAGGAAGAACGGAUGAAAAAUGCAGCAGAGAUUGCAGCAAAUAAGAGGAAAAUGGAAGAGACGGAGAGGAGAGAGCGUGAAGAAAAGCGGAAGAAGCGAUUGGAAAAAGCACAGAAGCAGCACAAGGAAGUUGAGGAGCGAUUUCGUGCAGAGAUGGAAGAAAAAGAACAGAGGCGCCAGGCUCUGAUUGAAUAUGAGCGCAAGAGGAAGGCAAUGGAAGAAGAGGCAAAGAAGCAGCGCCGUAUGGAGAGAGUAAAGGAAGUUGCUGAGCGCAGACGACAGAUAGAGGAGAAUGCAAAACAAAUGUGCAUCAAAUCUAACCAAUUUGCAUCCAAGGAUGCAAACUACAUGGAAGAAGUCCGACAGAAUAAUGAAACAACAUUAGAUACACAUGCUACAGAAGAGGCGCAGUCAAUAUUGGACAGUGAUGCUGAUAUUGAUUUUAAUAAUCAAUCAUCAUCAUCUUAUGAAAGUUCAGAGGAAGAGGCCAACUAUGAUGAUUUUGCUUUAGGGAAAAUCAUACCAUCAUGGACAAGGAAAGAGAAUCUGAUUCCACAAAUUAUUAGUCAACAAUAUAUCGAUCCUGAUGAAAUAUUUGCUGGUGCCAGAACUUUCAAUUUAAAUGAAGUUUUUGAUUCUGAUGGAUCAAACGGGACGAGAGAUUUCAAACGCCGUAGUUACAGUGGCGAAUGGUUUAAUGACGGUUUAACCGAGGAAGAAGAGUAUCUAUACAAGUUGCAGAUGGGAUACAUCUGA